AUGGCAGAUUUCGGAGAGAUCCUGAGGAACAUUGGAGAAUUUGGAUUAUUCCAGCAGCUCACUCUGAUUGCACUUAGUUUUCCAAAUUUUACUCAGUCUUUCCUUUUUGCAAGUUUUCUUUUCAUCCAGUCUGAUCCAGCGCGACACUGUAACACAGACUGGAUCCUUCAGGCUGACUCUAACUUGACCACAGAUGACCAGCUGAACCUGACUCUGCCCCGGGAGGAGGAUGGGACCUUCAGCAGGUGUCAGAUGUUUGUCCCUGUGGACUGGGACAUCGUUGCCAUCAGGGAGUACGGACUCAAUGAGACCACAGGGUGCCAGAAUGGAUGGGUGUACAACAACAACAUGUAUGAUGCCACCAUAGUCACUGAUUUUGAUCUAGUUUGUGACAAAGCUAAAAUGGUGGAAGUGAUACAAGCAAUGUUCAUGGCCGGUAUUCUUGUUGGUUCUGUCAUAUUUGGACCUUUUGCUGAAUCGUUUGGUCGCAAACGAGCAACUCAAACUACAGCAGUUAUAUUGUUAAUUUUUACUAUAACAACAGCACUAUCCCCCAAUGUCUACGUAUACUUAACAUCCAUGUUCAUGGUGGGAAUUGGAGCUGGAGGCUAUCGAAUCAACUCUAUUAUACUGGCCACUGAAUGGAUCGGGCCGUCCAAAAGAUCAUGGGGAGCAUGUGUGGCUCAGCUGUUUGGUGCAGUGGGACAGUGCGUCCUCGCUGGUAUGAUCUAUUUCAUCCGAGACUGGAGACUGGCUCAACUAAUCACAGCAGCUCCACUUGCAGUUGUUGUUGUCUACAUAUGGUUCAUUCCAGAGUCAGCCAGAUGGUUGUUAAGCAGAGGAAGGACAGAAGAGGCUAAACAGCUGAUUGUCAAAGCAGCUGCCAUCAACAAACGCACUGUCCCAGACUCUCUUCUUAACAAUAUUGCUGGGAAAGAUGUGGAGAAAAAAGGAGGCAUUCAAGUUAUUUUCAGAUCACCUGUAAUGACUAAGUAUUUCUUCAUCAUAACAUUGGCAUGGUUUUCACUGAGCCUUUCCAUCUUCUGCCUGUACUUCAAUAUGGAAAGCCUCGGCUUCAGUAUCUUUUUGACACAGCUCUUGUUUGGUGCUAUUGAAAUACCAGCUCAUAUACUGUGUAUGUGGCUAAUGGAGGUUAUUGGCAGAAAAAUAUUAUUCGUAGCAACAGUUCUGACCGGAGGACUCUCUUGCAUACUGGUCUUAGCUGUUCCUCAAGGAUACAACAUUGCUGUUACUUCCUUAGCCGUCGCAGCACGUUUUUUCCUGAUCUCGGGUGCUACUAUAUGUAAUGUUUUUGUUCAGGAGUUGUUUCCUACAUCUGUUAGACAAACAGCCACAGCUUUAGGAGCCAUAGCAGGACGAUUAGGUGGAUUAUUGGCUCCAUUGCUUAACAUCUUGGCCAUGUACCACUGGUCCAUACCCACCACAGUCUUCAGCGGCUUCACACUGGUCAGUGGAGCUCUCGGCUUCCUGCUGCAUGAGACCAGGAGAAAAGAGCUUCCUGAGUCAGCCGAUGAGGUCGAGAACAACAGGUGA